AUGGGCAUGGCUGGCUCUGGUGGCCACCUGCACACCUGCUCCACAGCCAGCCAGAAGGAACAUCAGAGGCCUCAGUCUGUCAGCGAGGAUAGCGGCUUAGUCCCAAGGUUUUGCCAAGGCACAAGUAACAGGCUGACCCAGCUGGGCACGUUUGAAGACCACUUUCUGAGCCUCCAGAGGAUGGUCAAUAACUGCGAAGUGGUCCUUGGGAAUUUGGAAAUUACCUACGUACAAAGAAAUUAUGACCUUUCCUUCUUAAAGACUAUCCAGGAGGUGGCUGGCUACGUUCUCAUUGCCCUCAACACCGUGGAGAAGAUUCCCCUGGAAAACCUGCAGAUCAUCAGAGGGAAUGUGCUCUAUGAAAACACCUACGCCUUGGCAGUCUUAUCCAACUACGGCGCAAACAAAACUGGCCUGCGGGAGCUGCCCAUGAGGAACUUACAGGAGAUCCUGCACGGUGCUAUGCGGUUCAGCAACAACCCUGUCCUCUGCAACGUGGAGACUGUCCAGUGGCAGGACAUUGUCGACAAAGACUUUCUGAGCAACAUGUCCAUGGACUUCCAGAACCGCCUGGGCAGCUGCCAAAAGUGUGAUCCAAGCUGUCCCAAUGGAAGCUGCUGGGGCACAGGAGAGGAAAACUGCCAGAAACUGACCAAAGUCAUCUGUGCCCAGCAGUGCUCGGGGCGCUGCCGUGGCAAGUCCCCCAGCGACUGCUGCCACAACCAGUGCGCAGCUGGCUGCACGGGGCCGCGGGAGAGCGACUGCCUGGUCUGCCGCAAGUUCCGAGAUGAAGCUACGUGCAAGGACACCUGCCCUCCACUCAUGCUCUACAACCCCACCACGUACCAGAUGGAUGUCAACCCCGAGGGGAAGUACAGCUUUGGCGCCACCUGUGUAAAGAAGUGCCCCCGCAACUACGUGGUGACAGAUCACGGCUCGUGUGUGCGCGCCUGCGGGUCCGACAGCUACGAGGUGGAGGAAGACGGAGUCCGCAAGUGCAAGAAGUGCGAAGGGCCAUGUCGCAAAGUUUGUAAUGGAAUAGGAAUUGGUGAAUUUAAAGACACACUUUCCAUAAAUGCUACGAAUAUUAAACACUUCAAAAACUGCACAUCGAUCAGUGGAGAUCUUCAUAUCCUGCCCGUAGCAUUUAGAGGUGACUCCUUCACACGUACUCCUCCUCUAGAUCCAAAGGAACUGGAUAUUCUAAAAACCGUAAAGGAAAUAACAGGGUUUUUGCUGAUUCAGGCUUGGCCUGAAAACAGGACUGACCUCCACGCCUUCGAGAACCUAGAAACCAUCCGCGGCAGAACAAAGCAACAUGGGCAGUUUUCUCUUGCUGUUGUCGGGCUGGACAUCACGUCCUUAGGCCUGCGCUCCCUGAAGGAGAUCAGCGAUGGAGACGUGAUCAUCUCAGGGAACCAAAACCUGUGCUAUGCAGAGACCAUAAACUGGAAAAGACUGUUUGGGACUUCUGGUCAGAAAACCAAAAUUAUAAACAACAGAGGUGAAAACACCUGCAGGGCCAUGGGCCACAUCUGCCAUGUGUUGUGCUCAUCAGAGGGCUGCUGGGGCCCAGAGCCGAGAGACUGUGUCUCCUGCCGAAACGUCAGCCGCGGCAGGGAGUGCGUGGAGAAGUGUCACAUUCUGGAGGGGGAGCCAAGGGAGUUUGUGGAGAAUUCCGAGUGUAUACAGUGCCAUCCGGAAUGUCUGCCCCAGGCCAUGAACAUCACCUGCACGGGACAGGGCCCAGACAACUGCGUCAAGUGUGCCCACUACAUUGAUGGCCCACGCUGCGUCAAGACCUGCCCAGCUGGAGUCAUGGGGGAAAACAACACCCUGGUCUGGAAGUAUCCAGACGCCAGCCAAGUGUGCCACCUGUGCCAUCCGAACUGCACCUAUGGAUGUGUUGGGCCAGGUGUGGACGGCUGUGCAGGCAGGCCUAAGAUCCCAUCCAUCGCCAUUGGGAUUGUGGGUGGCCUCCUCCUGCUGCUGCUGGUGGCCCUGGGCGUCGGCCUCUUCAUGCGCAGGCGCCACAUCGUCCGGAAGCGCACGCUGCGCAGACUCCUGCAGGAGAGAGAGCUCGUGGAGCCACUCACCCCCAGCGGGGAAGCUCCCAACCAAGCUCUCCUGAGGAUCUUAAAGGAAACUGAGUUCAAAAAGAUCAAAGUGCUGGGCUCUGGGGCGUUCGGCACCGUGUAUAAGGGACUCUGGAUCCCAGAAGGUGAGAAAGUUAAAAUUCCUGUGGCCAUCAAGGAAUUAAGAGAAGCAACGUCUCCGAAAGCCAACAAGGAGAUUCUUGAUGUGAGUUUCUGCUUUGUUCUGCAGACAUCUGCAGGCGCUGGGAAUCCAAAGCCACCUUUUCUGUCGCCUGUGGCGGGCAGCACACUCCUAGGAGGAGGCUGGCUGUGCACGGCCGGCCUGGAGUUUAGAGCCCACCGCAGUGUCGGCCUGGGCGUCU